ACGAAGCCCCUGAUCUCUCACGUCCAACCCCAGUUCGUCAAUGAUCAGUUUGCCGACAAGCCACGGCCAGGCAUGCUUCAAUUCCAGCACCCGAAGGGGCCCAAGGUUCACCAGACCGAGGAUGAGAUUCAGCUUCUGUACGUGCCUCUAGACACUUUCUAUCAGCAGAAGCAGCAGCCGCCGUUUAUCACCCAACAUCGGUACAAUAUCUUGCCUCCCCCCGUAAACCCGGCCCAAAUCAAUAACUUCUACACGCCGCCACCGACGACCAGCACAACCACAAGCACCACCCCUAAGCCCAAGCCUAAGCUGAAGCCGCACCAACCGCCCCUGGCAAUGUUCAUGCGCCACGAACCAGGCGAGACGCCCAGUUCCGUGAAUGAUGUGCUGAAAACACUCAAACACGCCAAGACAAUUGAUGUCCUCGACGCGCCCAUGAAGAAUGCCCCAAACAUCUUCAUCGGACCAUCAGGACUCCGAGCACCAGAUAACUACUUCAAGUACGAUCUGCCCUACUUGUCCACCAUAGAGCAGAAUCGCUUUGAGCGCAAAGUGGAGAACCUACCAUUCUUCGUAGCACCACUGAGCUAUAACACACCGAAUGGCUUCGCCAAGAUACCACUGCCAGCACCACACGUUGGUUCCGUUGUUGUUAACAGUCCCACCACACCACAACCCGAACUAAGCACCCCGCCCACAAAGAAACCUUUCUUCGGCACGCCACUACCACAGAAAUACGAUCCACAGACUAACAAGUACAUUAACAUGCCUCUAACGGAGAACUAUUCCAGCCAAAAUGCCCCGAUAGCGCAGUCAACGGCCCAACCACCCACGGCCGUGGGAUACCAGUCUGUGGACAGACUCCCAUCGUUCACAACACACUCACCCAGACAGUACUUCACCUCACCCGACCAACCCCAGAGGGUGCAGCAAACCUUCCCAGCCCCCAACCCGGGAGUCUUCCAGUUCAGCUUUGACAACGCUGCUCACCGUCCUCGCACACAACAGAACAGCAAGCUUAAGGUCACCUUCGCACAAAACUCUAACCCUCACGUCGUGAACGAAGAGUACUUCAGCCUAGACAAGACUAAGGCAUCGCAGACUAGUCAGCAAGACUUCACCGGACCCGUAGACAUACGAUACGAGCAGAAGAUCAAUCCUCAGCUUACACCUAACUUCAGCUUUGACUUUAGACCUCAGCCCCCAACAACAUCUACUCAAGCGCCUGAGGAACCUGUCCCAGUCAAGACGCAACCACAGUCGCAAAGACAGGGACACUAUAUAUUGUCUGCACCCGUGCAGCAAGAGUAUCAAACAUUCUCAACCGGCAGUAGGACUCCUCCGAAGAUGACUUUCUCCACUGGACCUUUCGAGUCCUCAAAGGAGACCUACAAUGCCUACGAAGUGGCCAAGAGACCGUCGGUCUUGAACUACUUCCCUUCAUCAACAACCACUACGACGACUUCGCCUCCACCAGCGCAAACGCCAACCUCAGUCACUUACUACAAACCAAAACCUGCCAUUCCAUUGGACGAUGAAUACCAAUCUGCUCAACCACACAGAAAGCCUGUCCACAGCUUUAAGUUUGUCCCCACAGUAUUGGGAACAACUCCAGAGCCUGAGGAUGAGCAACCAGUCAACUAUCGCACUGUCUUCACUAAAUCCACUCAAACCCCUCAGCAAUCGACAACGCGUCGACCCACAGUUGAAGACUACUUUGUUCCAACUGAAAGGACAGUUUAUCAACAUGUCUUCCCCACAGACAGCACAUAUUCACCAGCUGUUGAAAUCGGAGGACGCCAUCAAGACGAUUACUAUUACAGCACAACAGAUGAGCCUGUAACAACUACAACUCAACCAUCAACAACUCAAAACCUGUAUCAAUCGAGCUACUCUGAACUCCCUCAAAUUAAUGCUAAUCUUCCGGGUUUGGUGAACUCACUAAUGGACAAUGAUCAAGUCACUGAGGAGCCCUAUACAACUACAACAAGGAGACCUACUCACCGCGGAAGGAGACCACAGCCUCCUAGAACUACAACAGCAACCCAAAGCUCAGAAGCGGUUACCAGAAGGCCAGUUCAGAGAACCAGGACUCGUCCAACCAGGCCACCAAAUACAUCACCCAAUACUUACAGAACAUCCACAGUUGUUAGGAAUCCUAACAGGGUUAGAUUCAAUCCCAAUGCCGAUGAUCAGACACUGCCUGCCAGACCCAAAGUCAAGCCUUACUCCCAGAAAGUCAAGGAGGAACAAAAUCUGGAAUAUCAGAGAGAUGUUCUUAAGCAAAACUAUCCUGUAAUCAAACCUCUUCACACUACGACAACCGAAGUUGUAAGACAAACUGAGCCUCAGCUUCGCGAUCAAGUGAAAGAGACUGCUUCUCGCGAUAAUCAAUACUACGACAUUCGUGCGCCCACUGAGGAGAAUCAAGUUACAUCAUCUCGUGAGGAGAUUCAGCAAGAGUAUGUGUUGCCAGCUAAUCACGCUCCUGCCCCUCUCAAUGAGCUCCAACCCACACUCGUAUCAACUACAACUCAGGAGGCUGUGCAGCAACAAGAAGAAGAGAGAACUGAAUUGUUCCCAGGACUUGCUGUGAAGGCUAUGCAAUUGCCACAAGAAUACGCUCCAAGUGCCAGGGAUGAGUACCCAAGACAAGAGGAACCCGAGAGGGUUGUUGUAAUCAAUGGAAAGCCAAGAGAUCACAAAUUCCCAGUCUUUAUCUCAAGCACAGAAUCACCAUCAACUACAACAGCAGCUCCAACAACGAUUGCUUCUCGUCUUGAAGCCCAAAGGAUUAGGAGACCUUCCUUUGUUAAGCGACCUACCAGGCCCAACUAUACUACCACGAGCCCUAGGAAUCCAACAACAGAUGCUAAUGAAGAGAGAUACACGGCAAGAAGCAGAUUUAGGACUGAAGGAAGAUCUGAGACCACCACCCACAGGCCGGCGGCUCCUAAAAUUAGGAGUCGUCUCAGGAGACCUACAACCACAACAACAACUGCUCAGUAUGAAGAUGAAUAUCAAACUGAGGUCUCCGCAACUGAGGAGCCAAGGAGUCGCUACAAGAUCAGCCAGAGGAGUCAAUAUAGACCUAGGCAGAAGUCUAGGUUCGGACUCCAGACACAGGAGACUCAGUGGUCAACGAAACUCUCCCAGAGCUCCUUUCAACCGAUUGAACACAAGGAGUCCGGAAAACUUCUCAAUGAUUAUGACCCCGAGAAUGAACCCGAAAUCGUUACGGCAGGAUCGGAACCUGAAGAGGAAACCUACGAAUUCAAAGUAACUCCGGCUAGGACCCCAAAUAUGAUGAGCUUCAAUGAAAAUGAGACCAAUAAUCAAUCCAGGGAGGAUCGAGAAACAACCCUGGCAAAUCUGUUGGAAGAUGUCGUGACUGAGGUGGACAAUGAUUUGGGCAUCAAACAGGGACUAGUCGAGAGGAACGAAGUGCUUCCUAAGCGGCCGGAGAGUGACAGCGCAUCAGAAGCGUCCUCAGCAACCACCCAAGCUACUGAACGUCCUACGAAGGGAAGAAGGAAGGGUGUUUGGAGGAGAGUCAGGGUCAGACCAGUGUCUGAUGCCUUUGAGACCGCGGAGUCCAUUAAUAUCGGACGGCAAGUGUUUAACGUGCUUGAGAAUGGUAAGAAGGAACCUGUCGAGGAGCCUAAAGUCACUUAUGAGAGCCACUCGAAGAAGAAGGAUUCUGCCGUUGAGGAAGUUACUUCACCAGGAGACAUCGAUUUGGGAACGGGUGCUCCUGAAGACACUACAGAUGCUGUAACUGACCACGUUACAGAUCCCGUCACUGAAACAAGGAUUCCUGAGGAGGAGGAAACUUCCCCAGUGAUGGAUUAUACAGACAUGGACACGGAGGAAACAUACACAGCGAAAGUGGAACCAAUUGAAGUGGAAAACCCCACCAGACAGGGUUCAAUGUUCGACGAGGUGAGAAAGAAGUUGGUGGACUUGUUCAUGAUGAACGAAGAGGAGGAGGAAGCGAGAACAAUGCGCUCCUUUGACGAUCAGACAACCAUCAAAGUGGAAAAGACAACCACGCAAGCCCCUCCGAGGGCCGUUACCGAAUACUCACCCUUCCUGCGAGACCCCGUGAUGGGAAAUCUCGUGAUAGCCACAUCAACAUCCACAGAAAUUAGUCACCAAACCGAAAUUUGCUUCCGCGGACGGUGUGUCAAGUCCGUGAAGACGUAAAACCAUAGAUUUUAGGUUGUAAUUUGGGGGAUUACCUAGCAUUUAAGGAGUAAAUCUUAUUCUCCACCUCCGCCCCGGAUGAGUGCCUUUCGGGGGGAGAGUUCUCUUCCCAUGGAAAAAUCACACAAAAUACACUCUUUACACACUGUAAACAUCUCAACAGCUACUCCAAUACCUUAUCUGUAUAUUUUUCUAUGUAAUUUGUAGGUAUGAUAAGAAUAAAUUAAUUAUUUUUAAUAUUA